AUGUUCCACAGAAGGAAUGCCCACAAGCCCAGCGAUGCCUUUCUUCGCGACUUCCAACGCAAGUUCUUCCCGGUCACGACCAUCCCAUACACCCAGGGAGUGGGAAUUGCGCCCGACCAGCUUGUACUGUGGCAUCCCGGAGCCGUAGAUACUCUUCCUGCAUUCCCACCAAGGUCAACCUCCUCACCACCUCCUCUCAGUCGACAGAACUGCUCGUGCAGCGUGUUCAAUAGUAGGAUGUGUGCCGUGUUGCAUGGGAGCUCAGCCGAGGAUGCUUCUCCCCAGACAAGUUUUCAACAUUCGGGGCUCCAGAGCCAGGGCAAUACGAGCGAGACUUAUUGCCCAUCCGCCAAGUACCGGCGACAGUUUCCAAAUUCGCAUCUCGAUCAACCAAAUGCUAUAGACGAGUUACACACCCCAGACCAUAGCCAGCAGACGCCCCGAUUUCGAGUGACUUUGCACGCUCGUACGGCGACCUACAACCCUGCCAGCCAGACUCCCGUCACGUAUUUGAAUCGGCGCCAGACGUACAAGAUCUCUGUUGUUGACACAACACCCCCGGUUGGGAUUCCCCAUCCGGUACGAUACCGCACCCACUUCCGCAUCGCUUUCGAUAACAAAGACCAACGAGCAGACCCUGUUGCGGCCUGGAGACUUUGGCGGGACCAUCGCGGGCUGAAUGAGGCCAGUACAUGCGAUGGACAACUACGAGCAGUCGAAUUCGUCGACAUGAUGUCGAAUGCGAUACGCGGUCGUCGGGCCGAGUCGUCGGUUGUUCUCGAGAGCUCUUCGCUUGACGGCUUUGGCGUCGUGUGGAUUGCUGACCCGCAAUCGGGUCAGGCAGCAUGUGAAGCACAUAUUCUCUUUAAUUUCCUCUCUACCGACUUCACCUUGUCCAAGGGGGUUCAAGGGGCACCGCUACGACUGUAUGCUAAGACAGAAUUACUCUCGUCGGACGCUUGGGCGCAUCCAGUGCCCUUGACGGCCGAGAUAACCUACUGUAGAGUCAAAUUGUUCCGAGACCACGGGUCCGAAAGGAAAUCAUCCAAUGACGCCGUGCAUCUGCACAAGGCACUCGGCCAAGUCCAACAGAAACUAGAUGAUCUAGAGUCUGGCAUCGCGCCUCGAGGAAUGAAUUGCCCGAGGAAACGGAAACGCGGAAAACUCCCAUCGGCCGCGCGACGGCAUUUCGAACCACCGUAUCUGGUGACGACAAGUGAUUUCUCUGUCAGCGAUGAACUCCAACGAGUAAAGUCCGGCCUAGAAACCGUCUUGUCGUCGUCCUUACCCCAAAGCGUCCUUUGGUUGCAGAGCGACGAGCGGGAUGAUCCGGAUCAAUUCCCGAUUGAGUUCUCGAACUCGGCGCAGGACCCGUUCCACACCCGUCAAGGCCCUGCUAUUGUACAUGGAUAUCCACCCUAUGAAGCUGUAGCCGCUCGGGCAUAA